AUGACGAAGCUCUUCACGCUGAUCCACAAGAAUGUGAGUUUCACUGUGGUGGGUCACCACCCGAUUGCAGGCCACUAUAACGAUCUCAUGCAUUUCUAUGUGAAUGCCUUACGCCGAGUCAGUGUGUUGUUCAUGGAUCAUGCGGAUAAAUUUGAGAUUCAUCCUGUGGCGAUUCAUGGGGGGUGUGAGAGUGAUGAAUUUGAUAUCGUGAAUGUUUGGGUGACGAGGUGGUAUGAGGAUCAAAUGGUCGAAAUUCGGACCUAUAUCGAUGCCCCCAAGAUUAUGGAUGCGUUGCAUAAAAAUGAGAUUUGGUGGAAUGGGACCACCACCAGGGAGAAUUGGCGGUAUAUGCCGGGUCCUGCAGGUAUGCCGGAUUUAAAGGAGUUGGAGGGAUAUAUGGGGUAUCCGGAUGGGAGGAAGUAUGAGGAUUAG